UGAUUGGCGUCUUGAUUGACCAUAGUCAAUCUCCUCCGUCCCGUCUUCAUCCGCCAUGUCUCCUGUGUCAUCGCAAGCUUGCUUGCUGUCUUGUAAAUUAAUUUUUGGUUUGUCUGCAGCAAUAUGUUCUAACAAGGAUACAAAAACGUUACUGAACGGCGGAACGGCGUGGUCACAGGAGAGAAAUACGCGUGAGUGACGUAAUAAUUUCUUGUGUUGAUCAUUAAAAUUCAAACGAAGGAUUUUUUUUGAGUGUUUAAACGAGAGAAAUGUGAGAAAAUGUUAUUGCCUGUCUGAGAAAGGUGUAUGGUGAGGGGUUUUACACCCUUAAAACAUAAUAAUGGUAAAAAAUAAAUAAAAUGAAGUUGGCUACUUUGCAGAUUUCACUUAUUGCGGGCUAUUUUGGGAACCUAUCCCGCGCGAUAAACGAGGGAACACUGUACUUCAAUGUGACAUGUAUGCUUCAGUGUGGCCCCUUACUAUACAUUAUUUGAGUGACUUUGGCGGGCCAAAUGAAAAGCUUUGGCUGGCUGGAUGUGGUCUGUUUGGCCUUCCUGUUGACAUCCACUGCUGUAGGCAGUCAGGAACGUAUGGUAUUCAUUGAACAAAAUGUGCAGUAUUGUGGUUGUAGUUUCCUGCACUGCAUCGUACAAAUAUGCAGUACAUGUGUUUUGCCCGUCUCAUGUUAUCAAAUGAGAAGAAUAUCAGAAAAACACCAAUGAAUACCACUCUGGCAGUGUCAGCAUAUACAUUGUGUACUAUAAUGACAGGCGGGAUGGGAUUCAUAAUUAUUUAAAGGGAUUUCUCCUUGCAGGUUGUUUGCUCAGACGAACAUUUACCAUAGGUUACCAUAGUGACAGGUCCACUUUGUAGAAAAGCGCAUGCAUGCACUGUGGAGUGUGUGCAGUUCUGGCGUUUACUUUCAGUGGCAGAGAAGACUCGAGGGACUUGGUUCAAAUGCUCCUGAACUGCACGUCGGACAACCGGACCGGCUCUUUGUUCACCUCCAAACUGAGCGCCGCUGCAGACAUGUGUGUGGGCCUGGCCAUCCUCUCCGUGGUUGUGUUGUCAGUUCUCGGCAAUGGCGUUGUCCUGGUGAUCUGUUACCGCCGCCGCAAGAAGAUGGCGGGCACCGAGCUCCUCUGCGUCAACCUGGCCGUGGUGGACUUCCUGUGCUGCGUCUGCUUCUACCCGCUCUCCAUUCUGUCAUCCUUCCGACACGCGUGGCUCGGAGGAAACUUCACGUGCGUUUACUACGGCCUGGGAUGCUUCAUCUUCGGCCUGUGCGGCAUGUUCACCAUCGCCGCCAUCAGCGUCUUCCGCUACCUGAAGAUGUGUUACAACUUGGUUUAUGCUGUGUGGCUGGAAGGCACCAACAUCCAGCUGGUGUGUUGCGGCAUCUGGCUGGUGGCCACAGUGUGGUCCAGCUUCCCUCUCUUCGGCUGGGGCGAGUAUGUCCCCGAGCCCUACGGACUGUCCUGCACCGUCGCCUGGCGCGGUUACCACACCUCCACUAAGGACGCCUUCUACGUCAUCUGCUCCUUCAUCUGUUUCACGCUGCUGCCCGUCCUGCUCAUCGUGGUGUCCCAAUGCCAGAUCAUCUACAAGGUGUCACGCUUUUCAUACGCGCUGUCGGCACGAGGCAUUCAGAACAACCUGCGGCAUGCUGAGAAACGACUCUCCAUGGUCAGCUUCGUUUACUGUCUUUGUCAGAUAUGCUGUUAUGUGAGGGGGGUGAUCACUUUUAUGGGGAUACUGUUGGUCGGUUACGCAGAAGGGAAAAUACGUUUGAUGGGAUUAAAAAAACAACAAGGCUACUCCAUUAGCAGCCCACAUACAGCAUUUUCUAGGGUCUCACCAUAGUGGGAAUAGCUGUCCAUUAAGGAAUUUGACCUCCAUUUGGGGGCUAUAUUUGCCCCUUGGGGACUUUUGACUAAUACAAUCGUCCCUCGCUCCAUCACGGUUCGAAUAUAGCGAAUAUAGUUUUUCAAUAAUGAAUUAUUGAAUAAAGGUUCGCCAUUUCAUGGUCUACUACGGCCUGUUAUUAGUCCCAAAAUGCAUAUUUAAGCAAAUGUUACGUAUUCUUGGCCUAAAUUAAGCAUUUUCAAGCUUAAAAAUGUUGUAAAUGAACUAAAAUACCAAUACAGUUUAAGGCAAUAGAAGACCUUGAUGAACUGGCCGCUAUGGAGUCUCUAGCAACACACCAGACUUUUGCCAACAGCUUUUAUUAUUUUAUAAUUAUUUAUCUCACAACAUGCACAAUGAUAACAACAACAAUAAUAAUAAUAAUAAUAAUAAUAGUCAUCAUCACCAACUAUUACUACUACUCUGAAUCCUCGAUGUCACUUCCUGUCCACACGUGCGUAAGACAUUUAUUGAAGCACACAAGCCUUAUUUAUCUUUAAUGGCUUAUUUUUUCUCAUUUUACCUUCUAUAAUAAUAAUAUGAGUGUAAAUGUGACUGUAGGGGUGUUGUUUCUUGUCUAGAGGGCUCUAAUAAUGUCAAAAAUCUUAUUUAGAAAGUCAUAGGUAUGCUCCAAAUACAGAAAUCAAUCCAUCCAUACAUUUUUAAUGCCGCUUGUCCUCACUCGGGUCGCGGGGGUAUGCUGGAGCCUAUCCGGGCUGACUUUGGGCGAGAGGCAGGGUACCCCCUGGACUGGUUGCCAGUCAAUCACAGAAGUACGAAAAUAUUCCGUUUAUUAACAUUGAAUCCCACUUUGCGGAAAUUCACUUAUCGUGGUCGGGACUGGAACGGGGAUUCAUGUAAUAGGCCUUAUUCGGCCAUGAAACAGCGAUCAUUUACUCAUGAAUUAACGUUUGAAAAACCACAAUAAAGUGAGCCCCGUCCAUUUCGGUAGAUUUUUCACAAACCAGCCGUUACAUCUUAGAGCAAGUGAAGAUUCAAGAUUUGAUUGACAUGCGCAGCUUCAAGAAGAUACAAUACAAUAACAAAUGUUUAAAUUGUAGCGCGGUUAACCAGACUAGAAACGUACGUUCACCGCUACGUUGGAACCUACACUGUACUGCAUUUCCUAUGAUCUGUUAUAAGACUACGGGACUGCUAUUCUGCUCGGGCUAUUAAGUGUUUUGAAUUUCGAGUUCAUUUUAAAUGGUUUUUCCUUUGUCAGGAAAAAACAUGGUUUCAGUUGAAGAAGGCAACAAAGCUUGUACAUGCAGUGUAUAUGGCAGAACAGUAACAAUAUGCUUUGCUUGCAGGCCCAUAAUGAUAAGAAUAAUCAUGUGGACCAUUGCCUGCAUUCGGGUAAACAUUCCCUUUUCAAAAGAAUAAAGGAAAAGAAGCAAAAGGAAAGACGCUACAGGCGUUCCCUUUUGUUGUCCCAAAAUGGUCCCAAGCCAUCUUUUUGUCCUCCAUGUAUGAUAAUAUAGCUCUCUUUUAUUUGUCUU